ACAGCUACAACUACGGGGACUUCCUCAUGUACUCGUGCCUGCCAGGCUUCGACAUGAAGGGAGACUCGAUCCGGACGUGUCAGGGGGACAGAACAUGUGUGUUGCACAAUCCUGUGGGCCUCCUCCCACAGUGCAACAUGCACAGGUUCACACGUCAGGAGAGACGUAUCUACACAACGCCAGCUAUGUGUGUAAUGCUGGUCUGCAGCUGUUUGGCUCAAAGACUCUCGUCUGUCAGAGCAACGGCACCUGGAGCCUCCCAGCUCCAACAUGUGAAGCGUCCAGAGGCUGCGACAGCCCCAAGCAGAUGCUGCACGGUAAAGUGACGGAGCACAACCUGAACACAGGGCGCGCCGUGGAGUUCAUGUGUGAUAAAGGCUUCAGUCUGGUGGGAGAUUCUCCGGUGGUGUGCAUGGGCGGCAACACCUGGAGCUCCACCUUCCCCACCUGCCAACGGGUGUCCUGUGGCCCCCCCCUCCACGUGGCCAACGGGGUGGUGCGGGGGGCGGUCUUCCAGUUCGGGGACGUGGCGGCGUACUCGUGUUUUGGCGGCUACGUGAUGGAGGGCGUCGGGAGGAGCAGGUGUCUGGAGAACGGCACCUGGACGCCGCCUCCCACCUGCAGAGGUAGAGAGACCAGACGGACCAGGACUCUUCCUGCUUCCUCUCACUAUAACAACCUUUACUACACCACCACGCCCUGCUGCUGCUGCUGCUGCUGCUGCUGCUGCUGCUGCUGCUGCUGCUGCUGCUGCUGCUGCUGCUCCGCCUCUUUAUUAACUGCUUCUCUCAGCUGCUGCAGACACACAUCUCUCUGGAGGUUAUUAACGUCUCUGUGCCUCGUCUCUCUCUCUCCUCUGAUGCUUCGUCUGCAUGUGCUCACUAUGCAGAAGUAGCCAAGAAAACAUUGAUAUUAAUAACAGGACACAAGCUUAAUACAGGUGCAUCUCAAUAAAUUAGAACAGCGGUUCACAAACUUUUUUAGCCGUGCAUCAACCCGAAAACAAAAUGCAAUAAGCUUUUUUAUAGCCAUAUUAAAGGCGGCAUGUUUAAUCAUGCUCAAAUGAGAACACACAUAAUAAAAUAAUCACCAUCACAACAAUGAGGUCUCGCUUUUGAAUUACUCUGACACACAGUUUCAAUAUAAUGCAACAAAGUUAUGUGCAAGCUUCCAUUUUUGAGAGCAAAGAGGAUGAUGACAGGCUCAGGAUCAGAGGCAGAAAGCACAUUAGUUGGGAAAUGUUAUAAUAUUUUGAGCCGCAUUGAACAAAAAUUGCAGCAAGUUUAAAUGA